GCCGGGGCCGGGGCCGGGGCCGGGCAGCUCUCCCUCCCGCGGCAGCCAUGGCAGAGGGCUCCGAGAAGGUGCCGAUCGCCCGAGUGGGGCCCGACGAUGUGGAGCUGUGCCUGCCCCCAGCGUACGCGGCGGCCGCGCCCCCCGGGCCGGGGCGGCUGCUGAAGGCCGGGGCCGUGGUGCUGAUCGCCGGGGCGCUCCUGCUGCUGGCCGGGGCCAUCGGCGCCUUCUACUUCUGGAAAGCCACGGAGCGGCAGGUGUACAACGUUCACUAUACUAUGAGCAUUAAUGGAAAAGUACAAGAUGGAUCAAUGGAAAUAGAUGCUGGAAACAACUUAGAGACAUUCAAAACAGGAAGCGGGAGUGAAGAGGCAGUUGAAGUCCAUGAUUUUCAGAUCGGCAUAACUGGGAUCCGUUUUGCUGAAGGAGAAAAGUGUUACAUCAAAGCUCAGCCAAAAGCCCACAUCCCUGAAGUUGAUGCUAUGGCUAAAGCGAGCCUCUCAUCUGAGCUGGAAGAUGAAAUCAUGCCUGUGAGAUUUGACAAAAACUCCCUUAUCUGGGUGGCUGCAGAUGAGCCUAUCAAGCAUAACAGCUUCCUAAGCCCCAAAAUUUUAGAGCUUUGCAGGGAUCUUCCAAUUUUCUGGCUGCGACCAACAUAUCCCAAAGAUAACCAGAGGAGAGAAAUGAAGAGAAACAAGCGCCAAUCAGAACCAAACUUUGAUGAGGAAGACUUGGAAGCUGCUUCUGAAGAAGUAAACCCCAGGUCACGCACCGUGCAGCUGACUCAAGAGCUUGGCCACCAGGCUAAUGAAACCAGGCCAAUGGGACAAGAAACUGAUCAAACAUUUAAUCCAGACAAUCCAUACAACCAGCAGGAAGGCGAAGGGAUGGCUUUUGACCCCAUGCUGGAUCACCUGGGCGUGUGCUGCAUCGAGUGCCGGCGGAGCUACACGCAGUGCCAGCGGAUCUGCGAGCCCCUCCUGGGCUACCAGCCGUGGCCCUACAACUACCAGGGCUGCCGCAGCGCCUGCCGCAUCAUCAUGCCCUGCAGCUGGUGGGCUGCUCGGAUCAUGGGCGUUGUGUGAGAAAAUCCCUCGACCCAAACAAAAAAUAACUAAACUGGAGCCUUGACAAAAUAAGCAGGAAUACAAUGAACUGGUAAAAGACUAAAACCAAAGCAGCAGUACUGAUCCUGCCUUACAAAAUCAGAGCCUGUUUUUCUGCAUCAAAAGCAAGGUCAGAUAUUGCAACUGCAAAUUAAAAUCUCAAGUUAAUAUUCCAUUAGCUGUACAAGAAGCAAGGGUAUAUUAGCACUUGCUGAAUUAAAAAACUGAGACAUCUCAAAAAAAGACAAUAUUAAACUUUGCUUACAAUUGGUUUAGCAGUCCAGAGCUUUGCCUAUAGAUCUAAAUAAAGCCUUUCAAAACAAACCCCUCUCUUUCCAAGUUAUAUGUGAAAAUUUACACCCAAUUAAGCAACUAGCUCAACUUGUACACUUGGGAGUGCCUUUAAUCCAUGUAACUUACUUAAAUAAAUCACAACUUAAGUUGCUCCCUGUUGCUAUUCAGAGUUGCCAGAUCACUAUGAAUGGUUAUAAACCAAUUACAGCAUACCUUUCCCACAAAGCUGCUCCAGGGGACACGAGAAAGUGCACAUUGUGCUAAAUCGGAAACAAACAGCAGGAAAAGGGGCUGUGGAAGGGAAUGUGAGUGGCUGCAGAAUCAAAACCCUUUGCAUAUCCCAACAUCAAAGAAGCCCCAGCAUCAAGAAUCCUGUAUCCAUGAUACCACUGUAGUGUCUAACAAGUAUCUGCGAUCCAGCUAUUACAGCAAAAGUAUUUACAUGCAGUUACAGACCAAGGAGUCUCAAGACCCUUCAGAAUCUACAACAGCCACUGUUAUUUAUAAAUCCUUGAACUAGACACUUUUGACACAAGAUUACAACCCCUCUUUAUUUCACAUGGAUAGCAGCCAUUCACACCAGUUCCUUUAGCUUUGCUGAAGCUCACAUCCCUUCCCCACAAGAGAAACGGUUUACCAGAAGGGAGGGGAAAAAAAAACAACCUUUUUUUUUCCCCCCCCCUCCUUUCUCACCUCACCCUUUUUGUUAAGGCAAACUGCAAUUAUUGGGACUGAUCCCAUUACACAUUAAAUGUCUAAGGAAGGUACUAAGCUGAAACACUCAAAGCUGGAACAACUUAGUAUUUCUAGCCUUGAAAAACAAAUAGUGGUAUUACACUGCCUUUAUCCAUACUAUGUAUCUUGAACCCUACCUCCAAGUUUAUGGAGCCAUCUACAUCAUCUUUAUUAACAAAAUGCUUCAGCUUUUCUUAAAGUCUGCUUUCUGGAGCAUUCAUUUUUGUGACUAAACAGCUCUUGAGAUGUUGCAAGCCCAGUAAUGUUAUUAACACUGCGUGACACAGAGAAAAGAGGAAUUAAUUUGACAUAAUCGUGGCUUAAAGAAAAUAAAGACAACCUCAUGUGGAAUGCUAAACUGCAUAUCUAAAAAGCAAAGUGUUAAGUGAGAAUAAGAUGAGAGUAGAAUUCAGUAUUUUGUUCUAUUGUAGCUUUUUAGUAUAAACUUCACCUUCCCUUAAUCUGAAGGACAGACUUGCUUUGAAAUAUUUAAAUUAUAAACUUCUUAAAGUGGGAUUUCAAGGCCUGUUAAAUUUGAGUUUCUGCUUUUUAAACUGAAAAUGACCUUGAUCAUUAUGUUGUUUUAGAAGUACAUCUAUCAUAGGCUUAGAAAAGUCAGUUUUCCUUUUUUUUACUGCAGAUUAAACAAACACAUUUUAAAAACCCAGUUGCUUUCUGUGCUUUUUUCAAUGUAGAAGGUGUAACAAUUCUUUCACAUACUUGUUCAAGAACUGUCUGAAGAGGAAAAGAAGGGCAUCAGCAAGUGAAACACUGGAGGCAGAGAGAGAGAAAUGUGACUGUGUGUAUGUGUGAACUAGACUGUUGCUCUCUCUUGCAUCUUGAGGCAGCCUGUCACCUGCUUCUCUCUGUGUCCCCUAAUAUAACAGCCUCCUCCCGAAGACACAAAACCAACUUUCUUGUAGGUGAUUUCCAUGUCUACACAUACUUAACAAAAUUAAUUUUUAAGAAAAGCUUGUAAUCAUUUGCUUGCUAUAGGCAGUCACAAAGCAUGUAAGAAGUCAAAAAGCAUGGAUAUAGAGCUGUCACAUAGAGCAUGUACAUCUUGAGAACUGUCUGUACACACCAUGCCACAAAAGCCACAGUGACCAUAACGUUUAUCCAUUUCCAAGAUGUAGGCAACAAAAUGCCUCCUCCAACUCAAGCUUCAAGCAAGCAAAUUCCUAUUUACCUUCAUAUCGGAUUCAAAGAGAGAAAAGUAAAGAUCGUGUGCUGCAGCAAGGUUGGGAAAAAAACCAACUGUUCCUUCAAAAUCUGAUUUUGAAGGAAAAGUUCUGAGACAACACAGGGAUGGCAGUAAAACCAAAAAGACAACAGUGUGAAAAGAUGUCUGAUAUUCCCUGCAGCUGUGGCUCAGACUCCAGCUCUAACCAGCCAGUGAUCCUUACACUACUGUACACUAUUCACUACCAGUAAAGUAGUAAGUUUCUCACUGCCAUCACAAAUGUAAUACCUUGGCACACUAAAGAGGUUACGUGUCAGCAUUUGGGGAAGUAUGGAGCAGUGUGGUCCUUGAAUCUGUCCCUGGGCCAGCAGAAAACAACUGAAAGCCCUCCUUUGGCUGAAGUUUAGGGAAGGAGAAGAGGAAUGAGUUUGUCAUCAACAGUGUCUCCCACCACAGGUGGGUGUAUGUUUGUCACAGUUCCACUAUCCUUAAAACUUAAUUACCCAUGUGAUUUUACUAGGAGGAUUAGAAUGGCAGAGCAGAUUAGAGCAGAAAAAGGGGAUAAAUUCAGGCUGGUGAAAAAGAGAUGGAAAACAGGGAGUAAUCUCAUACAGUUAAAUAGAGUGAAAGCCAGUGAUGGGAAAGCAGGAGGAAUCUUUUUACUCAAUCUAAAGUUUCCUUUCUCCCAACGUAAAACAAAUGAACCCUUUUUCCUUUUUCAUACAGGAAUCACCCUCCACUUGUAUCUACACUGAGAAAGC